AUGUCUGGUGACGUUCCUUCUCCAACCGUUAUGAUGACUAAUGAACAUCUGAAGGAUCUAAUUGCUGGUAUGCAAAUACAACAAAUGGAAUCUCAAAAACAAUUUUUAGAAAAGUUUGUUGAACUUUCACGUGUAUCAUCCACAAGUGGAAAUUUCGCGAAUUGCACAUCCCGGUUCGAUGGUAGCUCCAAUGCGAAUGUAGAAGCUUUUAUUGAUGCCAUCUUAGUCUACAAGGAUUGUAGCAAUGUUUCCGAUGAAAAUGCGUUACGUGGGUUACCACUUUUGUUAACAGAUCAUGUUGCCACCUAUUGGCAAGGCAUUAAACAAACAAUUAAGACGUGGAAAGAUGCAAUUGAUGCGUUACGUUCCGCAUACAGCAAAGUUUUACCGCCAUAUCGG